AACCGCUCCUGCGCGAAUCGGGCAUCACUGUUACAGUGAGUGUAGCAGUUUUAAGAGGCUGCUGCUGAUAUGGAGACUCUUACCAUCCACAGACACUGAGCGUGCAACUUUACUGAGCCGACGGAACGGAUUACUCGCUUUCAUGGGGGCUCUCCAGUCACAUUAACAACUCCAAACAUGUCCAAAAGCCUGAAGAAGAAAAACCACUGGACUAACAGAGUCCACGAGGUCGUGUUAUCCAGGGGUCCGAGUGGAGAGCUGGGGUUCGAGCUGCAGGGAGGCGCGGAGAACGGACAGUUCCCCGUUAUUGGAGCGGUGAAACCGGACAGGGGCAAGCUGCACCAGGACGAGUUACUCCUGGAGGUCAAUGAUACUCCAGUGGCCGGACUGACCAUCCGGGAUGUGUGGGCUGUGGUCAGACACUGCAAAGACCCUGUCCGCCUCAAGUGUGUCAAACAAGGAGGUGUUGUGGAUAAAGAUCUCAGGCGAUAUCUCAACCUGCGUUUCCAGAAGGGCUCUUUGGACCAUGAGCUCCAACAAAUAAUUCGGGACAACCUUUAUCUCCGUACAGUACCCUGUACAACGAGGCAGCCUAAAGAAGGAGAGGUUCCAGGAGUGGACUACAAUUUUGUGACCAUUGAGCGGUUUGUGGAAUUGGAAAGAAGUGGAGCUUUGCUGGAAAGUGGAACUUAUGAAAAUAACUAUUACGGCACCCCGAAGCCCCCGGCAGAGCCCAACUCACUGCUGUUGAAUGUAGCUGAUCAGCUGUUGCCAGGUGCAACACCCAGAUCCCAGGGCAAACGCAGACGUAACAAGUCCGUCAGCAACAUGGAGAAGGCUGGCAUCGAGCCGCCCGAGGAGGAAGAGGAGGAGAGGCCCGUCAUCAACGGCAAUGGAGUGGCCAUCACCCCAGAGUCCAGUGAACAUGAAGACAAGAGUACGGAUGCCUCAGGUGAGAUUCCUACUACAUGCCCCUCCGAAACCUCCACAGAUGCCCCUAAAGAAGAGACAGAGCCACCAAAAUCACCCCCCAAACCAGACGAGAAUGACGAGUUGGGUCCUCUGCCAGAUAACUGGGAGAUGGCUUACACUGAGAAAGGAGAAGUGUACUUCAUAGACCACAAUACGAAGACGACGUCCUGGUUGGACCCCCGGCUUGCGAAGAAAGCGAAGCCCCCAGAAGAAUGCAAAGAGAAUGAGCUUCCUUAUGGCUGGGAGAAAAUCGAUGACCCUGUUUAUGGAACCUACUAUGUUGAUCACAUAAACCGAAGGACUCAGUUUGAGAAUCCAGUUCUCGAGGCCAAGAGAAGAUUGCAACAGCAGCAGCAGAUGCAGAGUCAGGGCUUGUCCUCUCUCCCCCUACCUACUGUCUACAGAGUGGAGGAGAGCCCCUGCUCUGCCACCUUACCCAGGGCCAGACUGGCAUACGUGGGUCCUCCUCCAGAGCGCUCUCAUAGUCUCACUGACCUGUCUGAGGCCCCCCUGUACCGGGUCGGUGUGUUUGGACUGCAUGAAAAGCCUCUGUUCACACGGGACCCCACGCAGCUGAAGGGCAGCUUUCUGUCUACGGCCUUGCAGAAAAGCAGCAUGGGAUUUGGCUUCACUAUCAUCGGGGGUGACGAACCAGAUGAGUUCCUACAGGUCAAAAGUGUCAUACCAGACGGACCUGCUGCACAGGAUGGGAAAAUGGCUACAGGAGACGUGAUUGUCUACAUUAAUGGUGUCUGCGUCCUGGGCACCACCCACGCUGACGUUGUGAAGCUUUUCCAGUCGGUGCCGAUCGGACAAAGUGUAACCCUCGUCCUUUGCAGGGGUUACCCUCUUCCCUACGACCCGGAGGACGCAGCCAGCACUUUGCUGUCCCCCCUCGGCCUAAUUGAUCGCCCUCUGCUGGUCAACGGACGGAAUAGCUACGACAGCUACAUGGAGUACAUCUCCCGCACUGCUCGCUUCAUCGACCCAAUGCAAGCGGGAUUGGCACAGCCCCAUCCUGGAGACACCCACCUGGACGCAGGACCGCUGGAGGACAGCGUCUCAAUGGCGUCUUCAGGAGCGGCCGGAGGAGAGCUGUUAACAGUUACCAUGGUGAAAGGGGCGGAUGGGUUUGGAUUCACCAUAGCAGACUGUAAUGGAGGACAGCGGGUGAAGCAGAUUCUGGAGGCACAAGGAUGCCCGGGGCUGUGCGAGGGCGAUCUGAUUGUGGAAAUUAACCAGCAAUCCGCGCUAAUGCUGUCACACACACAGGUGGUGGAGCUGCUAAAAGAGUGUCCUGUUGGGGCGGAGGCCACGCUGGUUGUGCAGAGAGGAGGGACGGGUCACUUUUCACCUUGGAAGACCUCUAAACAGGUCUUGGGACAUUGGGAUCCUCACAGCAGUCCCACAGCCAGUCUAUCUCUCCAUGCUCUCCCUCACAGCGCUCCAUAUCUGCACUGGCCUUCAGGUCCAGAGUUUGACCUGACCAAACCUGACCCCUAUGACCUCUAUGAGAAGUCCAGGGCUAUCUGUGAGAAUAGGCAGCCAGGGCUUCCUCGAGCAGCUCUCCCAGCUGACCCUUCCGUAUCAGAUUUCCAGGAGGUGGAGGUGCACCUGCACAGGCAGAAGUCCGGUUUCGGCUUCAGGAUCCUGGGCGGAGAGGAACCAGGGCAGCCUGUGAGUCUGGAGGCUCAGGAGAAGAUCCUGAUUGGUGCAAUCAUCGAGAAGAGCCCAGCUGAUAAAGACGGGCGUCUCCGACCAGGAGAUGAGCUGAUGUCAGUCGAUGGGAUCCCUGUGACUGGAAAACCCCACCGUUACGUCAUUGACCUCAUGCAUGGGGCGGCCCGGACUGGACAGGUUAAACUCACUGUACGAAGGAGAAUUCAGACCACAGGUGAACCCUGUCCAGAGAACGGCCGCAGCCCUGGAUCGACCCAGCACAGUUCCCCCAGGAGUGACUUCAACUCCAGAAUGUUCUGUAACAACUCCGCCCCAUCCACCACAGGCUCCUCCCCUCCAGACAAUGUAGCCAAUCAGAAUCUGCAGCCUAGUGAUGUCACCAUCCAGCGCAAGGAAAGCGAAGGGUUCGGGUUCGUUAUUAUCAGCUCCCUGAACAGGCCUGAAACCGCGGCUGCUGCGGCCGUGCCUCAUAAGAUCGGCCGCAUCAUUGAAGGAAGUCCAGCAGACCACUGUGGGAAGCUCAAGGUUGGAGAUCGCAUAUUGGCCGUCAACAAUCAGUCUAUCGUCAACAUGCCGCAUGCCGACAUCGUCAAACUGAUCAAGGACGCCGGACUCAGCGUCACACUCAGGAUCAUCCCUCAGGAGGAGACAAACAGCACACCUUCUGCAGGCAGUUCAGAGAAGCAGAGCCCAAUGGCCCAGCCCAGUCCAGUUAGCCAACCCAGCACUGUGAACCAGACCGGUGUUGUACCUCCACCUAACUCCACCCCUCAACCCAACUCUGCACCACAACCAACGCAGCCUACUUCAGAAGCACAACCGAGCCCUGUCACUCAAACCAGCCCAGCCAAUCAGCCCAGCUCAGUGACCCAACAGAACCCGCCCACCCAGCCCUCCACAGUGCCAGUACAGAUCUACAGCCAUGAGAACAGCUACAGGUCAGAGGUAAAAGCAAGACAGGAUGUAAAACCCGAUAUUCGACAGCCGUUCACUGAUUACCGCCAACCCCCGGUGGACUACCGACACCCUCCUGUAGCAGACUACCGACAGCCACCAACGCUUGAUUACAGACACCCCCCACUGCUGGACUACAGGCAGCUGUCCACUGACCCUCGCACCUUCCCCUUACCGGACUACAGGAUGCCACAGGAUUUUGAUUUCUUCACGGUUGAGCUGGAAAAGGGAAUGAAGGGUUUUGGCUUUAGUAUCCGUGGAGGCCGCGAGUAUAAGAUGGAUCUGUUCGUUCUGCGAUUGGCUGAAGAUGGACCAGCAAUACGCAAUGGCAGAAUGAGGGUUGGUGAUCAGAUCAUUGAAAUAAAUGGGGAGAGCACGAGGGAUAUGACCCACGCUCGGGCCAUCGAGCUCAUCAAAUCGGGUGGCCGUAGAGUUCGCCUGCUGCUCAAGAGAGGCACGGGGCAGGUCCCUGAAUAUGCAGAUAAUCCCGCCCCCUGGGAUGCUCACACUACAGCCUUCGCAAGUCUGUCGGAAGUAGCAGCACCCCUCGACAGCUUAUCUAAUCCAUCAGCUUCUUCUCAUGUGAACCCACCCACCAACCCACCUCAUACAUUGUCCUUGGAAGCAGCAGGUCUAGACUGUUCCCAGGUUCCUAGAGGCCCAGAGAGUAGGGCUCUGGAGCAGGCCAGUGUGGGGAAGAGGUCAGCCCUGGCAGGUGGAGUUGGGGGUGGGACCAAGAAGAGGGAGGGCAACAGAACCAACCAUCGCUCAAUUGGAGGGAAGAGAGAGCAACAAUACAUUGAUGAACUUGCGGGAGAGCCCAAAUCCCAUAAAGGCAGCCGGUCAAAGUCCAAGGAGCGCAGGAGGGAGCGGAGCAAUACACCAUCUCAAAAGCAAGACUCGCCCAAAACUUCUCCAAAUGACACCAACAUGAAUGGGGGAAAUGGAUGCCUGAAUGGUAGCAACAACCAACAAGGAGCUCUGGUGCCAUUCAAAGCCCUACCAAAGGAACCAGAGAAAGGGCAAAUGAGCCAAGAGAGUCGUCCCAGCCACAACUCCAAGACCAGCAGCUGUGCAUCAGGCAGGAAGACCACAGUAUCCCCAGGGCCCUGGAAAAUCCCUGGUACGGACAAGCUACCCAGUACCUUGCGCUCAGCCACCUCCACCAUCAGCAGAUAACAUCUCAUCACGAUCUCAGGCCCAAGUUUAGACCUUACUUUCGGCCUCGACUUCUUUUGGACCAACCUUUGGCAAUGAUCCGCCUUGUUUUGGAACUGGUUGAGCUCUUCUUGAUUGCUUUUCACAGGCUUGCUCUUCUUGAAAGAGAUAGGAUGACUAGGUACCACCCUUGACUAGGUACCACCCUCCCACAAUCCUCACUAAAGAACUUUCCAUGCAUUUCUAGACAGAGCAUUUUUUAUUUAUAUUUUAAGUUAUUUUAACAGAUACGACACCCACCACCUUAAGAACUGGAAGCAUUCACUCCAAAAAUGGAACCACGGUAGAAUGAGUGCUGCAUGUAGCGUGCAAAAAGAUUCCCAGACUUGUUUGAACUGUUGGGUAAAAGCACUCAAGACUCUGAGAUGUAGAUGCAGAGAGAACCACUUACUGAGUCUGAACCACCACUGGUGGCUACAGCCAUUUUUAUACACUUUCAUUAAAAAAUGAAGAAUACUGAAGGAGUUGCCUGACAUACAGUUUUUGUGUAUUUGAAGAAUGAAUAUGUUUAAAGAGAUCCUAUAUGAGUGGACACUUGACUAUGAACUCUGCCUUAAAGACUGACCUGCAGAUGUUUGUAUAAGGGUCGGAAAAUGAAUAUAGAAAUAGAUAUAUUAUAUGACUACAUGUAUCUGAGACAUAUUGUAAAUACAGUCUUUACACACCAUUGUGAGCCCAUACUGGAGUACUGAUAUCAUACACAGUGUAAAUUAGAAGAGUGUAAUCUAAAAUUCAUUCCUACUCCACUUUAAGGUGCGUUCCCACUGACAGCGAUAUAAACUUGAGUGGUUGCUAAUAGGUGGUCCUACUCAACUUCAAUACAGAACUGAAGGAGCCAAUGGGCUUUGACCUUAUCUUGACUCUCAAUCUAUUCUCCCUUUAUGUGAGUACAUGAACAAAGCAAUUUGAGUCCAAGGUGAUUUCGAUGAAAUGAUUUAAUUAUGGCAGAGUGCCUUAUGCCAGGGGUGUCCAAUCUUGCUCCUGAAGGGCCACUGUCCUGUAGAGCUAAGCUCCGAUACUAAUUAUACACACCUGAACCAGCUAAUCAAGGUCUUCAGGAUAUACUAGAAACAUCCCGGCAAGUGUGUUGGGGAAGGCUGGAGAUAAAUUCUGCAGUACAUUGACCCUCAAGGAUCAAGAGUGAACACCCCUGCCUUAUGCUGACCACUUGUUGCUUUAUUUGAGCUCUAAAUCCUAGACAAUGACAUCAAGACAAAGAAAAACUUCGGCUGCUAUAAAUUCAUUGGAUUACUUGUUCCGUAGAAACUGUGCAAAAGUAAUGCCAGAUCUGAAUAAGUAUGCCAUUACAUUUGUGUCUCCGAAUGCUGAUUGGUGUCUAGAGAGACCAGUUUAUGUCCACAGUAUAGAUAUAUCAGUAUAAAAUUCAAAGCUAUUUUCAUACAUAGAAAGAGAGGUGAGAGUCUUCUAAAAGAAGUGCAGAUAUUUAUUAAUUAUAUCUUUGACAGGAGUUCAAAUGUUUGUUGAGCACUUUGUCUUUAAGUAGACAUGUGUACAUAUAAAAUGCUGUGCAUCCAUGUUAUUCAUUGCAUAAGUUGAUUUUCAAAAUCCUGUUAUGAAACUAUGUUUAUUAUUAAAGGUUGUGUAUUGUUAAGUCUCUAGUUCACAUGGUUCAUGUCAGGGCUUCAACACUCUCCAGACAAGCGCCAUGCUUGUUGUGAAAACGUUAUGCUUGUUGCACUCUUCACAAAAGGGGGAUUUUAACAAGCUUGCUAAUAGCAAAUUCUGAAAGUACAUGAAAGAGGUGAUGUAUGCUUUUGUCAUGCAAUGUUUUUUUUUCCUUAGAAUGUCAUUAUCCAUCUUGUGCUGUAUUUUGAUGUAUCUACAUAGACACAGUCUAUCAGCCUCUACUAGCUAGUAUACUAAGAUGUUAACUUGCUAAUCGAAGGCUAACUGAAAACACAAAGAACCAAUUAAAAGGUCUCAGAUUAUGGAAUUUCUUUGACAUUUAUUUGGUUAUGCUUUGAAAAGACCAAAGUAAAUGAGGUUAAAGUUAAAAUAGUUUGAACUGUAAGUGUCAUGUUAAACGUCUGUGUGCCACACCCCUUACAAAAGAAUUAACCCCAAAAAAAAAAAAAACACGGUUACUAGUUAAAACAUGGGAACCACAAUUUAACCAUGGUUUUGCUUCACUAGCCAUAGUUUAACCAUGGUAUUUGAAGUACAACUCUGGUUAUGAAAAUGGUAACCUAUUCACCAAAACAAAUAAAAAAUAAAAACCAUGGUUACUAGACUUCUAUUAUAAUUAAACCAUGGUUAAUUUUCAUAUGGAACAGCAAGGUGGCUAAAGGCCCGUUGAAACCAAGGAUGAUAAUGAUGAUCACUAUAAAGUUGUAAUUAUCUUUCUAAUUCUGAGAGUGGGGUAAUUAUACAGUAUAACGAUGAUGCAGAGAAUCACUUUCAGAACACUUUUUUUUCCCAUCUGAUGAAUGAUAAAAUCACUGACAACCAGAAUCAGAAUCCACCACUUUCCAAUUGAAUUAGCAUUUAAAGCAGAUGGCAUAACUGCAUCGGUCGCUUGCAAUAAACAUAAUGUUAUUGUGCACUGACAUGGAUGCUAACCAAGUUAUCAUUAUAUUUAUCGUUCUUGGCGUGAACAGGACUCUAGAUUGAUUCUUUGCUCCAUUGAAUUGAUGUAACCAGUUAAUGUAACCAACUGGAAUGUUAAGCUGUAAUGGAACAAACUUUUCAUUAACAUCUGGACUUCAGAUAACAUUAUUAUUCUGUGUUUUCUUUCAUAAUUUACUUUUUAUGAGUUCAAUUGUUAUUAAUGUCACUGUCAGUAGUAUAUACAGCAUUACAGCAUUGAAGGUGAAAUAGGAUUAUUUCUGUGCAACUAGUGGCAUCCAACUAUAGUUCUGGACUGACAAAACAAUAUGGUCUCAUCCAGUUGCAUGAUUUUGAAGGAGUGUAUUAAUUGUUUGAUUUUAUACUGAUUUUAUAACUGAUAGUGGCACAGAAAUCACACACACACACAUCAAACCCCCAUUGUGACUUCAUUGUGUAUUAUUCCUUCAAUACUGUGUACAAUUAUUCACAACUUAUAAUUUUGUACACUUUAAUUCAUAUAUACAUGUCAAUUCAAGUUCCUGUGAAAAGGACCCCAGACAAGACCUCAUCCCUUUUAUCCAUUGUCAUAUCAUCGUCUCUAUUAUAUUCAUCUCCCACAGAAAUAAAGCGAUGACGGGUUCCACUGACGCUCUUUGACAACUGUUGUAUAUGACAAGGAGAGCCGACAAUGAUCUAGUCAUUACAAGAUAGUGCUAACAUUUCCCUGAUAAAGACAAAUUAAUUGAAGCAAUCCAAAAAUGAGUGUGCCUCUGUGGCUAUUACAUUCCGAGUGGUAGUUCCUUCGAAAUCUCAGACGGACAAUGACAUUGUCAAAGCAAAUGUAUUUUCUGUAGAGUGCCAGCAAAGAUUUUGUGUGCAUAUGAAUGAGUUGGAUCACUAACGCGGUGAUAUCUCUAGAAAUUUGGUUUAAGUACAAAAUAAAUUUUAUGAAUAAAGAACAAGGCAUCUUAAGACCAGAAAAAACAUAGUCCAUGCAAGUACACGAAUGUAGAAACAAAUUUUAGCACAUUGUAAAUAUACAUUUCAUUGUGCAUCCUUAGCAUCUAUUUUUCGUCAUAGCGCUAACAAACCUCCGUACUCAAGGGGGCAACAGAGUUAUCUUAACUUGUCUUUACUGUUGAACAAUGUGUUGUAAAGUUGCAUUCAAACAGUUUUUUGGCUAAUUUUUCUGGGUGAAAUUCAUUUAUUUCAAUAGAAAUCUACACAAUACGGAUUUUGCGUGAGGGUGGAAAAUUUCGCCACAGAUUUCGCGACAGGUUCACGUUAGUCUGCUCGGUUUGAAAGUGUCUUCUGAGUCAGCUGAACUUUAUACAUCGCUUCUAGUGACAAUUAACCCAUUUUCAGUCUUUCUCUUUCUGAAAAUUUAGUAGUGACUUCAAAACUCAGAAACUUCAAACUUUAGCUACAUUACAAAUGUUGGCCCUAAAAAAAAAACUGACGCUAAAUUUUAAAAUUAAAAAUGCUAUGUGUUACAUUAUGAAUUGCAUUCUUUUGCAAUGCAACAACGAGAAAAAGGGGAUUCACUUGCGUAGUUAGCAGCAUUUGCAUUCAUGUACUUGUUUAGGCUGAGUUUCUGGCGUUAGGGUUUAUUUUCCUUUGUCAUUUUGUAGAGUAGCUAGUGUGUUUAAUGAGAGAAUAGUGUCAGUGCUUUCACACUGAUUUUCCAUUGAUUUUGUCUUGAGUUUGCCAAAUGUUAAAGAGAUGUGACCUAAAUGACUCAACCUGAUAAAUAACAUGAUUUAAGUAAGAUGAUUAAUCAGUAAAGCCAUGGAGGCAACGCAAUGCUCAAAAGGGGCUCUCUAUCACUGUGUAGAACUGAAAGAAACGAGUGGUUCAUCCUGUAUACAGCUAAAAAACUAUAAAUAUGACACUAUGACCUAGUUACAAAAACUGUAAGUGAGAUAUUUUUAUGAAAUGCAACUCAAUGGAUAUAUACUUACUUUUGCAGAGCUCUUGUUUACUGUAUGAUAUUUACUGAAAUACUGUCAAAUAAAACCUUGAAAUGGUGUAAAGUACUCAA